ACCAGUAGCUGCCUAAAAAUAAAGAUGUUUAAUUCUGUCUGGUAGGCGGUCCCGAGCCCUCAACCUGAACCGGCCCCACAAUGCAAACCGAUCCCAGGAGAAUGUGCCCCGCGCCAGCGACGUGCGAGCGCAGUGGCUACGAGAAAUAAUGCCGAAACCGAUGAUAGGUUAGGCAAAAAAGACGACGUACAGGACAGAUCUAAAGAUACUUCAAGUCGCAAAGGUACUCUUGAUCAAGGACUUGUUAGUUCUAACAAUAACGAUGAGGAAGAUCACUGUGAUAAUACAGACAAUAUUCAGCAACACAAACAAAUCUGUAUAAAAGAUAUUGAUAAAACAGAUAUAAAAGUGAAACCAGAAAUAACUGAAAUAGACGAUGAUACUCCAAGUCCCAAAGCAGAUGUAGUUGAGGCAAUGCAAGAUAUAGACUUGAGUAAUGUCGAUGCUAUGAUUGUCUAUGAAAGUGACGAAGACGUUAAAACUAUAUUUGAUGUGCAAAUGGGCAAUUUUGAUAAAAAUUCAGAUGUUGUUAGAAAUGAAGAACACAGUGAAAAUGUUAUAAAUCAUAAUAAAAUAAUAACCAGUCAAUCAAAAUACAAAAUACUGACAGAUUGCAUAAUUGAAAGGGAUGUAGACUGCGAUAUAAUGUCAUUUAAACAAAAUGAAGAUAAUUCUUCAAAUACUGCCAAUCUUAGUGGCAAUAACAAUAAAAGUAUAGAUGACCCUGAAGAGAAUUCAAUGGACUUAGUAAUAUCAAAUGUUUGGAGUGAAAGAGCCGUAACACCUACAUGUAAUGUUAAAAAAAGCCUUCAUAAUGAAACAGAGAAUUCGAGUAAUGACAACAGUGACAGUGAUAGUGACAUUGUCAGUGUUGGAAAUGAUGUCGACUAUUAUUCAUACUACUAUGAUAUGAUAUUAGCGAAACACGUGGUGAAAUCGGACUUAGAUGCCAAGCUGUUGACGCGCCCAGUAGUCUCAUUGCAAAGAAUCGACUUAAAAUCCAUCAAUAAAUCACCAACUACCCAAAACCCUCAAAGAACCGUAAGAACUUCCACCAAAUUGUUAUAUGAAAAGAACAAAGAACUUUUAAAACAGUGCAAGGCUUGCGAGGUAUCUUUGACAAGGGUAGGUAGAGUGGGCAGAAAGACGAGGAAGGUGAAAUUACCCGAUAUAGAGAAGGUACGGAAGGAUAAUCAAGGCAUAUUGACAGCGGAGGUGGCGCCUUUAGUAGCAGGACAACCAAGAGUUAUUCGACAAUAUGGUCCCGCCCAAACAAAGCGAUUCCAAAACACGACGGACAACGACCGGUCUGUGUCGACAAAAUCAGUCCGUGGCUCACCAAAAUCAACUAUUUUAAAGAAUACAGAGAAAACUCAUGCACUAUCGAAUACUGUUUGUCAGAAUCCUUUAAUCCAGCAACAGCAAAAUGAUUUAAUAAAUAACCCACCCGAGUCCAACGUGCAAUCUCAAGAUGAAAAUGAUGGACAAGAAUGGAAUUCAAACGUUACUUUCAAUUCAAUAUCGAAUCUGACGCAACAAAUAUCAGAAAACGGGCUACAAGCUUCGAAGAUAAAGAAUUUACAGACCAUCCCGGAUGCACAAGAUAAAUCAACAAAUAAUAUAGUAACCAAUAUUUUAGAGACACAAGAUCCCUCCCUAAAUAUGCUUGACACGUGCCAAGUUUCAACAGUCACCCCGAUACCAAACACGCCGACAAUGAAAAAAACCAAAUCGACGCCAAUGCCGAAUCCUCCGGCCGAAAUUCAACCGAUAAAGUUGCCGAAACUACCAGUACUGAUACCGAACCCGCCGAUCAGGAUACCCAAACCUGGAUCCACGCCGGUACCAACGGUGCCGCUACUAACCCCACCGGUUAAGUUACCCAAAUUUGAACUUAUACCGAAACAAUCAGUGCCGACACCAAACCUGCCGACGUUAACACCCAAACUUGAACCCAUGCCGAUACCAAACCCACCGACGACGCGAACGCCCAAACCUAAAAAGAAAGCCGCGUUGAAAGGUUUCGUACCGCUAUCUAACCUGGCGACGCUAACACCCAAACUGGAACCAUUCACACCGGCACAAUACCCGCCGGAAAUGUUAACACCCAAACUGGAACCCGGUUUGGACCCUUCCACGCCAACACCAAAUCCAUCGACAAUGUUAACACCCAAAACCGAACCGUUUGCAUCGAUAUCAAGCGACUCAACCGAUUUGGACCAAAUCUGUGCAAUAUAUAGCGAUAAUUACUCCCCAAUAUCUACAGUGGCCGCAAAUGACUUUAACCCAUUCACGCAUAUACAAGUUACACAACCAACUCUUUUAAAUUCAACGUUAAAUUCUUCCUUAGAACCCUCUAAACAUUCCGAAUCGUCUAUUAUUCAAGUAUCUUUAACACGCUCGGCGCCGAUACCAGAUACACCGACAUCGCCCGCGGCCUCCUUAAAACCAUCUUUUAUUAGAACACACGUAUAUAAAUACACGAAAAAACCAUGUAAGAAAGAAUCGUCGAUAAAACCAUAUGUUUUAGAAUUCGCACUAAAACAAUCCGGGAACCAAGUGAUAUUGAAGCCGAUUAACUCCACGAAAAAAGCGACAACCAAAAAGGAACCAAGGAAGCAAGAGGCUGAGAAAGGUCCGUGGCGAAUGGAACACGAGUCGUUCGACGAAUCAGAAUUUGACAUGGACAUGACUUUUGCAGAAGCUUACCAUUUGUUUGGAGAAUCAGACACGUCUUUUGAGAGAUCGGUACCGUUGUUAAAUUUGUUAUAACGUCUCAAAUUUUUACCCAAAUGGCGACUUACGCUUGACCAACUAUCUCUUUCCACGAAUAACAGAAGAACAAACGACGUUGAACGACGGCGUGCAAGCCACAGGAGAGUGCGGUAUCUUACGUUUUUCAAAUGUUUUAAAGCGUGACUCAUUAUUUUUGACAACUUUAUCCCCUAAGGGGAUUAAAAUUGAAUACGAAUAUUGGGAUAUAAGUCCACGUAAACGUCGCCGUAUAGUAAGCAGCGGUCGCAGCAUGGUUCUAUUUUUAUCACCUGUCACUAUGCCGGUCACUUUCGCGCUUACAUUGUUAGAACGUGACAGGCAUGGUGACAAAUGAUAAAGAGCCGACCAUUUUAGCCCUACAGUACAGGUUAGUAAUAAGAAAUUAUUUUUACCACACCAGUUCUUAAGAGCCCUUAUUCCUUGGAGCGUUCUCCGAUUUCACGAAAUAACUCUCGAUAGAUGGCGUUGGCGCUCGGUACGCGAGCGCCGGCAACGCGACGCGCGUUUCAAUGCAGACAAGAAUAAUCUUGAUAGUUUUCAAUAUAUUUUCAAGCAACAUUAAUUUUAGUGUUAUAUUAUAUGGACACUCUUUAUUUUAUUUUAUAUGCACAGUAGUAAUGUACAGAGUGUACUAUAACAUUUGCUCAUUAUCUCUUUCACACCAAUGGAAACUGAAAUAGAUAGUAAAUAACUGCAGGUAUAAAUAAAGAACAUGCGCUUAUGGCUAAAUUUGCAGAAUUGAAUCACACUUGAAUUGUGUUGGCUAAGCACCCAGGGUGCCUAGCCAUUCUAGCCAAGUUGCCAAUCGUUUGCGCAUGUUAGUGCGAUAGUGUUUCGUUGUCAUAGCGUAAACGAUUGGCAUGUUGGCUACGCACCUAUGCUGCCUAGGCACGACGACGACGAACACCAUCGAUCUAGAUGAGGUCCAUGGUCUCAUGAUGGAGUCAGGAGUUGGUCACCAGAUCUCCUAAUCUAUUCAUCAUAAAUCUAUCGUGUUGGGCUCAAUGGAUUUGCCUUGACGAGCACCAUAGAUCUAGAUGAGGUCCAGGGUCUCAUGAUGGAGUCAGGAGUUGGUCAUCAGAACGGCAAUUCUACUCGAGCCCAAACAUGAUGGAGUUAUGAUGAGUCGAUUAAGAGUUCUGGUGACCAACUCCUGAUUCCAUCAUGACACCCUAGACCUCAUCUAGAUCGAUGGUGCUCGUCAGGGCAAAUCUAUUGAGCCCAAACACGAUGGAAUUAUAAUGAGUAGAUUAGGAGUUCUGGUGACCAACUCCUGACUCCAUCAUGAGAACCUGGACUUCAUUCGGGUCAAAAAUAAUAAUGCGAACCCCAACGUAAUUUUAAGUAACACUAAAAAUCUAUCAAGAAGCGAGAGCCGGUUGUUAAGCAUAGUGUAAAACAUAUAUUUGUAUCAAGAUUUUCUAAUCGCAGUAUACAGCACUUCUCGGAACUCCGUAGCUAGUUACGAACGCAACGAAUGCCUGACAAUCGAGCACAGGUCCGUCCUCUAAGCGCGCUCGGCGGAGACUGAGCGCGCGACGUGGCGUCCCGUCGAUGCAGCGUGAUUAUACGUCUUUAAAAAAAAUAAAAUUACCGCAAUCUAGGUCCCAUAGUUAUGUUUUUUUUUGAUAGGUUAACAUAAAGUUGAAAUGAUUAUUUAAGUACGUUACCAGUUUUUGAAUAUAUACUAAUAGUUACGUCGUAACCUUGAAUGAAAAAGGAAGCAUUUUACAAAAUACGCGACAUCGUUGGGUUAUUCCCACUAGUUGUUACCAGUGGUAACUACUGGGAAAUAUCACCAGCUCGGUUUGGUGGUAACUACUGGAUUUUUUUUCCCAGUAGUUACCACCAAAAUUUGGUUAGCGUUCAAUACUAAUAAAAAUAGUAUAAAUAUAAGUUAGUUAUUCGUUUAAUUAUAAGUCAAUUACUGUUUCAGUAAACUGCCUUAAGUGAUAAAAAAAAUCGGUCUUUGACUGAUUUGUUUGUUCGUUUGUAUAAUUGUGACGUUAUUUACUAGUUACGUUAUUUACUUUAACAAGUGGGAAUAACCCGCAUCGUUCAGUCUCGGUAGCUCGGUUGGCAGGCGAUGGGCUAGUGAUCCAGAGUCCCAAGUUCGGGCCUCGUCCGACACAGUGAGAUUAUCCACUUUUCUUUAUUUCUAAACAAAGUAGCACCAAGUUUGGAAACAUUGUUGAUACGACUCUGUAUUACUUUUAGAUAGAGAAUUUUCUAUUGUAGGUAUAUAUGAAAUCUUAUUUUAAACUUAAAAUAAACCUUUUUGUAAAUAUUCAUCACAAUAAAGUGCCUUAUUAUUU